GGAAAUUGAAACUACUCUCGCAAUGAAAGAUAAUUUUCAAUCUUCAUCAAGAGUGGAAGGUUUACGUUAUCUUCGUUCCAGAUUUUCUCAUUUUAAAAAUGAACUAAAUAAUGUGGAAAGAAGAGAUUUUGGUGGUUCAUCUGUAGAAAUUUUACUUUUCAACAUGACGAAAAGGUUGAUAAAGAUGUCUAGAAAUUCAACGAGUGAAGUUAAAAUGAAGUUGGCAAAAUUUUAGCUCAAAUUGGUUUACGUAUUCAAAAUAUGUCGCCGUUAGCUCUUAUUUCUUUGGAAGAUAUUGAAAAGUUCAGUUAUUCUAAGGCCUGUGAAGUUUUGGAAGGCGAUGAAGAUAAUUGUCGUUAUGCGAAAAUUCUCCACUCAUUAAAUAAUUGUCUUGUUCAUAAAGACAUUGAGAAAGUCGUCGCAGCUGCUUCGUGUUUACGAGAAAUCUUAAAGACAUCUAGAAUCAGAUCAUUCAUGGAAAUUUAUGAAAAGAAGAAAAUUGAUGAUUUAUUUUGUUAUCUUGAACCUUUCAAAUCAUCUCGAAGAAAAAAGAAAAAUGUCAAUGACGAAAAAGAUAUGCCAUCAAAUGUUCGGUGUUUUUCUGAAAUUGUACGAAAUGCUGACAUAUGGAAUCCCAACAACUUCCAAAGUCACGACGAUUGGAUCUCCACACUUACAUCGACCAUUAUUGAAAGUGACGUCAUUGAGGACGAAGUUUUGCGAUGUCUUUCUAAAAUAUGUCGAGUUCAUUCGCCAUUUGCUGAUCUCGUGUUUCCUUUUCUCGUACACGAUAUUCUAUCAAAUCAUGGAUCAGUUCAUCGUGAAAUUUUGUCUGAACAAUUUGGAAGCAUUGUCUCAUUUCACGUUGAAUCGUUUUCCCAUCAAAGUCGUACCAGUACCCCGCUCAUCGCCACAACAGAAAGUUCUACCAAAAGAGAAGGAAAUUUGAACUCUAUUCAUACAGUUCUUAAUGUUGUUAACUAUCUUCGUAAACAACCUCGACGCAUGGAUUCAGGGACUUACGGAACCUCUUGGGAUAGUAAUUUCUGGUUGGAUCUCAAUUACUUAGAACUGGCUGAAGCUGCUUCAAAAUGUUCAGCGUACUUUACCUCAAUUCUUUAUGUAGAAAUAUGGAAAGAUGUUUAUAACUUGACGUCAGCAUCAUACGAGGAAAUGAUGGAAAUAGACAGUGACCUAAGUGAAGAUAGCUCAGAGAUAAACUAUCAAAGGGUUUUAUUUGAAGCGUAUGUUUCAAUUGGUGAACCAGAUGCAAUUUAUGGAUCUGGUGUCUCCACUGAUUUGAAAACCCGAAUACAAACCUACCAACAGGAAAAAUAUUGGGGAAAAGCGUUGAGAUCACUCGAUGUUUACUGUCGUCAUUCAGAUCAGUCGUCUCGUCUUUCUACUGUUAAGAUUUUACAGAUGUUUGGUCUAGAUCAUGUGACCUAUAGCUAUUUGAAAGCUCAGAGUGAUUCUUGUCAUCCGGAGUUUCUUGAGAUGCAGUAUCAAUCUGCCUGGCGGAACAGAAUAUGGGAUGUUGAUAAAGACAUUAAUGAAAAGUUGACUGUAGAUUGUGAAGGCGUUAACCAAUGCAUCUAUAAAAACAUUCAAUUCUUAAGAAGUAACGAUCUGAAAUUUUUUUAUUCAUCCAUUAAUGAUUGCAGAAUCAACAUAAUGAAAAAAAUAUGUGUGAAAAAUACGGAAGGUUUUAAUGAAUUGUAUUGUCGAAUAUUACAACUUCAAUGUUUACGUGAACUAGAGAUGGCUGGAAACACUCUAAUACAAAGUGAUGAAGACGCUCGAAAAUGUCAACUUAAUGAAUGGAUUACAGAGAUACCUGAAACCAUACAUGAAAUUGAUACUAUUGAACCAUUAUUAACGUUACGUAAAACAUUAUUGCAAGAACUUCAUUCAAUUUGUGAGAAUGAUAAAAUGCGGAAAUGUAUACAUGAAGUACUUCUCAGGCAUUGUGAAAUGGUCUCUAUACUAGCUAGGCAUGCUGGUAGUUACCAGGUCUCUGAAAACUGCAUUGCAACCAUAAAGUCUCUCGAAAAAGACAAAAAGAUCUCGACAUCAAAUAGUUGGAAUGUGGAAGAGGCAAAAGUUUUUUGGAGUCAAGGCGAACACGAGACAGCCAUGAAAAAAAUGAAACAAAUUAACAAUUCUCUGAAACAAUGCACCUCGGAAUCAUCGAAACUUUUGUACGCAAAAAGUCUCUGUCUUUAUGGUACCUGGCUUGCUGAAACUCGUGCUGAGAACCCGAACACAAUCAUGGAAAAAUAUUUAGAAAAGGCUGUGGACUUACUGGAAUUGAGUGGAAACACAUGCAAAUCGUCUGUUGAAGCAUUUUAUUCCUUGGCUCGGUUUGCUGAUCGUCAAUAUAAAAACAUCGACGAGUAUAUGAAAUCUUGGGAUUUUGUUCAUAAGACAUCUAUAAUGAAGGAAUUGAAGAGUGAAGUUGAAAAUCUUCGUAAUCACGGUGUUGACAAAGGACGCUAUUUACGAGAUUUGUGUAUUCAAAUGGAGGCUGAUCAGCACGAAGUCAUUCAAAUGAACGAUGAUCGCGUAAAAUACCUUCAAAAAGCCAUCCAAAACUACAUUCGAUGUUUGCAAGUUGGGGGAAAACACGAUCUUCAAAUUUUUAGAAUUUGUUCUCUAUGGUUGGAAAAUUCAAAAGAUGAUUUAAUCAAUGAAGUUAUCAAGAAAGAGAUAUUUUGUAAGAAAGGAGAAAUGUCAGUGGAAACCUUCAAGUUCAUACCGCUUAUGUAUCAACUUGCCGCCCGACUUGGUUCUAAAUCUUCACAGUGUACGCGCUUCCAGGAAAUUUUAAGCCAAUUGAUAAUCAUGACAGCAACAGAUCAUCCUCAUCAUGUUUUAUGGAUAAUAUUGGCUUUGAUCAAUGCUGACAAGGACAAAAUCUACUUGAAUGGUAGUGUAAUGACGGGGAAGAAAAAAAUGUCGAAAAAAACGAACGAAGAAGCAAUGAAAAGUUACGUUGAUCAGGAUCGUCUAAAAUCAGCGGUUGCUAUCAUCGAGAAAGUGCGUCAACUUAAACCGUCUAUCCUAUCAUCAAUGGAGAAACUGUCUGAAGCGUACAUUGAGUUAGCAAAUUAUGACGUCACACAGCAUAAAACACAGAAGGGUCCGUUGUCAUUACCAGACAUAACCUUGAAACGCCUCACCAACUUAAAUGAUGUUGCUAUACCGACUGUGGAACUUGAAGUUGAUAAAACAUGUCGUUAUGACAACAUAAUUUCCAUUACAAGAUUUGAUCCAAAGUUCAGUUUAUGUGGAGGUGUUAAUCUUCCUAAGAUACUGCAGUGUAUCGGAUCUGACGGAGUUAAACGAAGGCAGUUAAUCAAGGGAAAAGAUGACCUUAGACAAGAUGCCAUUAUGCAACAAGUAUUUGGAAUGGUUAAUACUCUUCUUCAGAAAAAUGCCGAGACGAGAAAACGCAGUUUGAGAAUCAGGACUUAUAAGGUUUUACCUUUAUCACAACGGAGUGGUCUGCUUGAGUGGUGUGAAAAUACCAUUCCUUUAGGGAACUAUCUCAUUGGGACGAAUGGAAAAAAUGUUGGAGCUCACAAACGCUAUUAUCCAAAAGAUUAUUCUUCUACUGAAUGUAGGAAAAAAAUGCAGAGCGUAACCAAUGUCAAUGCAAACGAAAGAUACAAAGUUUAUAAGGAAAUUACGUCACGUUUUCAUCCUGUGUUCCGACAUUUCUUUACUGAGAAAUUUACUGAACCGUCUGUUUGGUUUGCAAAACGACUCGCUUACACUCGCAGUGUCGCUACUGCAUCAAUUGUUGGAUAUAUUGUCGGUCUUGGAGAUCGUCAUGUUCAGAAUAUUUUGAUCGAUUGUCAUACAGCAGAGCUUGUUCACAUAGAUCUUGGUGUCGCUUUUGAACAAGGAAAAAUGUUACCUACACCUGAAACGGUUCCAUUUCGUUUAACUCGAGAUUUGGUGGACGGUAUGGGUAUUUGUGGUAUUGAAGGUACCUUCAGAAGAUGUUGUGAGAAAUCUUUAGAAUUGAUGAGAACAUCGCAAGAAGCUUUAGUAACCAUAGUACAGGUUUUACUUUAUGAUCCUCUGUACGUGUGGACAUUGAGUCCAUUGAAAGUGAUGACAUUACAGAGGAAACCUGAUCUCGAUAUCUCUGACAUUCCCGAAAGGAACAUUUUCCUAGAAAGAAAUAAGUCCAGUGCUAGUGAUGACGAAAACUCUGUAAACAAAAUGGCCGAACGUGUUUUGGUCCGCUUAAGACAAAAAAUUGACGGUGUAGAAGAUGGCACAGUGUUGAGUGUUAAAGGACAGGUAAACCAUUUGAUUAGAGAGGCAACCGAUGAAAGGAACUUAUCUCGUUUGUUUCAUGGUUGGCAACCGUGGCUUUAAUGAAACAUUCACACACAAGAUUGUAAACUUAGUAAUUAAUAUUUUGCUUGUUGUUUUUACGCACUAACAUUGAAUCAUUUGUGCUAUAGUCAAGUUUACUAUAAAAUAAACCGAAAUUUCUGCAAUUUGAAUGACGGGGCGUGGUCAAGUCCGAGCAUGUGGCUUUGGGGGAACACUUCAUGUAAAGUUAAAAUGUGACAAAUUUGAUAUUGAACUUGAGUCAUUCACUCGUAAAAUUUUGUUUUAUAUUCUUGUGGUAAAUGUUAACUGCAGCUCUAUUGAAUUUCUUGGUCUGUCAGUGAUAAAGUGUAUGAAUAUUUUAAGAAUUUUAGUAAGGUGUGUGUCAAAUUAUAUUUUGAUUUCAUUAUAUUACUUUUCUAUCAUAAUUACAACAUAAUGUUAUUCAUUAAAAUCAUGGCUCACAACUA